AUGAAGAGAGUCUUCGGCGCGAAGAAGAACAACGAGCCUCCUCCGUCCAUUCAAGAUGCUUCCGAUCGGAUCAACAAAAGAGGGGACUCGGUAGAGGAUAAGGUUAAGAAGCUCGAUGCUGAACUCUGCAAAUAUAGAGAACAGAUAAAGAAGACGAGACCUGGUCCAGCUCAGGAAGCUAUCAAAGCUCGGGCUAUGCGGGUUCUAAAGCAGAAGAAAAUGUAUGAAGGACAACGUGACAUGCUCUAUAAUCAGACAUUUAACCUUGAUCAAGUCUCAUUCGCUGCCGAAGGCCUCAAAGACGCUCAACAAACUAUGACGGCACUGAAAUCUGCGAACAAGGAGCUGAAAGGAAUGAUGAAAACUGUGAAAAUUCAAGAUAUAGAUAAUUUGCAAGAUGAGAUGAUGGACUUGAUGGACGUGAGCAAUGAAAUUCAAGAGACACUCGGUAGGAGCUACAGUGUCCCUGAUGACAUUGACGAGGAUGACCUUAUGGGUGAGCUUGAUGCUCUUGAAGCCGACAUGGGUAACGAAACUGAAGCUGAUGGAGUCCCUUCUUAUCUCCAACCUGACAAGGAACCUGAUCUUGAAACCGAACUUAACCUGCCUCCAGCACCUACCGGACACGCAGCAGUUCCAGCUGGACGAGUGAAUAACCAGGCCGAGGACGAACUGGGAUUACCUGCAGUACCAAGGGCAUCGAUCCGAGGCUAAAAGUUAUAGAUUCACACUUGUGUGUAUUAUCUCAUCAAAAUUCAUCUCUGUGCAGAAACUUGAUUAACUUUGUUUCCUCAUCUUUGUUCUCUAUUGGGUUUUAGAGGAUAUAUAGUUGAUACGUGCGUCAAGAAGAUUGGAAUUUUCUUUAUAAAUCAAUCUCACUUUCACUUUCAA